AGCUGAAGGCAGCGGCUUAACCCACUGAGCCACCCAGGUGCCCCUGGAAACACAUUUUCAAAGUGUAUCAACUAACUUACACACCAGUACACACACACGUCUGCCAAUUCAACAUAAACACUAUUUGUAACAUCAUUAUUUGAAAUAUCCCUAAAUUGGAAAUAAUCCAAAGUUGAUCAAAGGAUGAGUGGAUGAAUUGUAGCAUAUAUUUUUUGUGGGAUACUAUUUAGUAAAAGAAAGGAGCACAGAUGUAACAACUUGGAUGAACGUCACAAAACAUAAUGUUGAAUGAAAGAAGCCAGACAUAAAAGAAUCCAUGCUGCUUGAUACUCUGUCUUUAAAAUUCAAAAACGGGCAGAACACUCUAGAGUGUUAAAUGUCAGGAUAGUGGAUGCAGUUGGGAGGCAUGGAAUGAGUGAUUUGGGGGAGACCAGGAAUAUGUCUGAGAUGCUGGAUUUGGGUGUGUUCUACUUCUCAACCUGAAUGAUGGUUACAUGGGGCUGUUCAUUUCUUAAUACCUUAUUGAGGUUUUUAUUCAUGAUUGCCUCCCUUAGUUGUAUGUAUGCUGUAGUUUAAUAAAAGAAGUUUGAGAAGUGGAACUAAGCUUGCUACUUCAUUAAGAUUGAGCAAGAAAUAAAGAAGUAGAAGAAAAUGUACUGAAAGGGUGAAUAAAAAUAAAACUAAUGAUGGAAAAAAGUAGAACUGAUCAAUAAUAAGAAAAGGUGAAACAAUGCAUGAUAUAUUUAUAUACUAGUCUUUGUGGUUAACUGUGAGAUAAUAUGGAAAGCCUUUAGUUUCAACAUUAAAAAAAAGAACAACAACCCAGUGACAUGAUUCAGAUGCUGUUGGAGUGGGUAACAUGAGAAAUGUUAUUUUGAGUUUUUCUAAAAUUAUGAUAUUUCAAGGUUGGGUGUCUUUGGGUCAAAAUUUGGGCACUACUUUUGAAGUAAGUGAGGUAUCAAUUAUCACAGGCCUCUGAAGUGAUUAUUUCCCAGUUCCGUCUUUAUCCUACCUCUAACUAGCCUUGUCUCUGUAUCAGGAGUAUAUUUGUAUAUGUGCAGUACUCCUUAUACUUUAAUGGGAUUGAUUCUUUAUACUGCAUAUCACCAACUGAUGAUUAUCUGUUUAUUACCUGCAUUACCAGAUUGUACUGUGAGAUCCCUAAAAACUGUUCCCUUCUCAUUGCCUUGUACCUGGCCUGGCAGAAGGAAGACCCGUACUAAGUAUUUGCUAACUGAAUGAAGGAAUAAGAGACGGAAGGUGGCAAAGUUUCCAAAUCCGACAAAGCUCCCGCAGGGGUAUUCAGAGGGACUUCUCAUUUCAUAAAACCUUUUGUAUUUCUCAUCUCCAUUAUGCCUAGCAGAGGAUGUGGACUGAAUUCUGGUCAUGUCAGGAAUAACAACCACCACAGGAGAUAAGGCUCUUGCCAUUCCAGUAUGUGUCUGCCUAGCUUUUCUGAUGGGUGACUUGAGAUAGCUAUUAAUACUGUGUGAACCUCCAUUUUCUGAACUAUUAAAUGACAGUUAUUAAUACCCAAUUUGGAGGGUUGUUAGGGCAGUUAAAGGAGUUAUAUAUGUAGAACAGUAUAUAUUGUAGAACAGUCCUCAGUAAAUAGAGGUUGGCAUUAAUAUUUGCAUGGUAGGAUAUUCGGGUUUUUAAUGGCUGUCACAUGUUUCAUCUGCACAGAGAUGGCUAGAGAGUGGUGUUGGAUGAUUGAGGGAAAAUGUCUAUUGCUUAAUGAUGGAUAUUGUGAACCAGUUACCCAGACACUCCAGUAUUCAAAGAAAAUUGAGAUCAAGCUCUUAAUUUAAACUCAGAAGCUUCUCUGAAGUGGUCUUCAGAGUGAGUUAUGGAAUAUUCUGGAAAUGCUAUCAGAUCACAGGAUGGAAGCCCUUGAUGUGAAUCAGGUGUAUGUUCAUGGCAUUCUUCUCUCUGAGGUUAUCUUUCUCGGAACCCUUUCUAUCUUCCUGAGGGGAAGAUUGAGGAGGCAAAGAUGGUGGCUGGGUUACUGAUGGAUUCUUCUCAGCACUUAGUGACCUUCGAGGAUGUGGCUGUGACCUUUACCCAGGAGGAGUGGACUUUGUUGGAUCAAACACAGAGAGAUCUCUACAGAGAUGUGAUGUUGGAGAACUACCAGAAUCUCAUUAUACUAGGAUAUGAAUCAUGCAAACCUGAUCUCAACUCUCUAAUGGGAGGAGCAGAAGAGCUGAGCACAGGAGGGAGAGGAAUUCUGCAGGAAUUGGAUUUGCAGCUCAAAACUAAAGUUUUCACAGCCCUUCAGGAUAUUUCUUUGGAAAAAACAUCAAAUGGAAUACAAUUGGAGAGAAGCAAUGCUGGAGCGAAACAAUAUGGCUCUGACUUGUGUGGAAGAGCGUUUAGUGGACACUCAUUUCUGACUCACAGUAGACAGAAAACUUCUAAGGGUAAUCAGAAUGGAAAGGCCUUUAAAAAGAACUUUAUUUGUACUCUGCUCAAGGAAAUCAUUGGGGAGAAAACUUCUGAGAGUGUCGAGCCUGGUAAAGCCUUUGGUCAGCUUUCAGAUCUUACUGGGCACAAGAAAACUCAGACACGAGGGAACGUGUGUGAAUGCAAAGAGAGUCAGAGAACUUCUGUUAAUCAGUCAUCCCGUAAGGCACACAGGAGACACCACACUGGAGAAAAACCAUGUGAAUGUAAAGAAUGUGGGAAGGUCUUCACUCAUUCCUCGUACCUUACAGAUCAUAGAAGAAUUCACAGUGGAAAAAAGCCCUUUGUGUGCAUGGAAUGUGGGAAAGCCUUUACUCGAUCCACGGGACUUAUUUUACACAUGCGAAUUCACACUGGAGAAAAACCAUAUGAAUGUAAGGAAUGUGGAAAAGCUUUUAUUCACUCUUCAUACCUUACAAAACACGUAAGAAUUCACAGUGGAGAAAAGCCAUAUUUAUGUAAGGAGUGUGGGAAAACUUUCACUCGCUCCUCAGGACUUGUCUUACAUGUGCGAACACACACUGGAGAGAAACCCUAUGUAUGUAAGGAAUGUGGGAAAGCCUUUAAUAACUCUUCAAUGCUUAGUCAACAUGUCAGGACACACACUGGCGAGAAGCCAUAUGAAUGCAAGCAAUGUGGGAAAGCUUUCACUCAGUCUUCAGGCCUUACCACACACUUAAGAACUCACACUGGAGAGAAGGCCUAUGCAUGUAAAGAAUGUGGGAAAGGUUUUGCUCGUUCUACAAAUCUUAAUAUGCACAUGCGAACGCAUACUGGCGAAAAACCGUACAAAUGUAAAGAAUGUGGGAAAGCCUUUAGGUACUCCACAUGCCUUAAUAUUCACAUGCGAACUCACACUGGAGAGAAACCAUAUAAAUGUAAGGACUGUGGGAAAACCUUCACUCAAUCUUCGGCACUUACUAAACAUUUAAGAACUAAGGCAUGUGGAAAAACCUGUAAAUGUUCUCCAGAUCUUAGUAUUCACAUCUAAACUCAUCUGGAUAAAAAGUACCUUAUGAAAGUAAAGAAUGUGUGAGAAAGCUGUA